CCUGUUCCUGUAUAUGCUCUUCGUUUCAUACGAGCUCAUCGGAGACACAGUUAACACUUUUAACGUUACAUUGAAAAUUCCCUGGGAUUUAUAUAUUUUCCCUAGUGAAUUGGAAUUAUAGUUCAUUGUUUAGUUUGCUUUAAGACCCUAUUUUCACAUGGCAUUUAAAGAAUAUCCCCAUGACGGAGGAGCAAAAUGGCGAUUGCUUGGACAUUUGCGAGGAACCGUUUAUCUAUUCGUUUUUCUAUUCUUUUUUCUCAAUCAAGUGGAGGCUCAGAUCCGGUAUUCGAUCCCCGAGGAGAUGAAGAAAGGCUCACUUGUUGGUAAUAUUGCGCAAGACCUCGGUUUGGAUUUAAAAAGGCUCCGUUCUGGCCGGGCCCGCAUCGUCACCGGAGAAAACAUCCAGUACGCCGAGCUGAAGACAGACAAAGGGACUUUGGUCGUGCACGAGAGAAUAGACCGAGAGCAGCUCUGUGGAGACGUAACGCCGUGUAGCUUCACCUUCGAGAUUUUAUUGGAAAAUCCAAUGGAGUUGCACCCUGUGACCAUCGAAGUAUUGGACACAAACGACAACGCUCCCACUUUUCAGAACAGUCAUCUGAAUUUCGAAAUAAGCGAAUCCGCUGUGCUUGGUUCCCGUUUUAAUUUAGAAAUUGCGGAUGACGCUGACGUGGGGGAGAACGGUCUGCAAAACUACAUUUUAACUCCAAACGAUAAUUUUGUUUUGAAACAACAUGUGAAUCCAGACGGCAGUAAAUAUGCUGAAAUGGUGCUUCAGAAAUCCUUAGACAGAGAGGAGCAGCCACGCCUGUCCCUAAAAAUGUUGGCUGUUGACGGCGGAAAUCCACAGAGAUCGGGUACAGUAAAUAUAGAUGUUCACAUUCUAGAUGUCAAUGACAAUGCUCCCGUGUUCAACCAAUCCCUAUAUAAAGCAGUUGUGGUUGAAAAUGCACCAAAAGGAACUCACAUUGUUACUGUGAAUGCAAGCGACAUAGAUAGCGGUUCCAACGGGAAGAUUGCGUAUUCCUUUUCAAAAUCAAAAGCAGGGAUUGCCGACCUGUUUGAUAUAGAUGAAGCUACUGGAAUCAUAUUUGUGGCAAAGGAUAUAGAUUUUGAAAAAGAUAAAAAAAUUGAGUUUAGGGUUGAAGCCAAAGAUCAAGGUGGACUUACAGAUUCUAGUAAGGUAGAAAUAGAUGUAAUUGAUGUAAAUGAUAAUGCUCCGGUCAUUAACGUUAUGUCAUUCACCAGUCUUGUGUCUGAAGACUCUCCUGCCGGGACAACUAUUGGCAUAAUCAAUGUCAAGGAUAUUGAUUCUGGUGGAAAUGGACAAUUGAGUUGCACAAUUGAAGGCAAUUCUUAUUUCAAAAUUAAAUCCAAUGUUCGAAAAUAUUAUGCAUUGAUGACUGAUGGUGAAUUAGAUCGAGAAAAUAUGUCAGAAUUCAACAUCACUGUUAUUGCCUCAGACAAAGGAUUGCCCCCACUCUCGACAAAAAGAACAUUUUAUCUUAAGGUUUCGGAUGUCAAUGAUAAUGCCCCAAUAUUUCAACGAGGCUCAUAUAGUGCAUUCCUCACAGAGAAUAACACUCCAGGUGUAUCGGUUCUACGUGUUCAUUCUAAAGACCCAGAUGAAAAUCAGAACGCCCGUGUUUCCUACAUGUUGGACGCAUCUGAUAUAGGCGGAUUUCCAGUUACUGAUUAUGUCUCUAUAAAUGCAGAAAGUGGAGUAAUUAAUGCAGUGGGCUCAUUUGAUUAUGAGCAGAUCAAGCAGCUUGUGUUCUCUGUCAAAGCUCAAGAUGGAGGUUCCCCUCCACUCAGCAGCAAUGUGUCUGUAACAAUAUUGAUCCAGGACCAGAACGACAACCCUCCUCAGGUUCUGUACCCGGUGCAGACUGGAGGCUCUCUGGUGGCUGAGAUGGUUCCUCGUUCAGCAGAUGUGGGCUAUCUGGUCACUAAAGUGGUGGCUGUUGACGUGGACUCUGGACAGAACGCCUGGCUCUCCUAUAAACUGCAGAAAGCCACAGACAGGGCGCUGUUUGAAGUGGGCUUAGAGAAUGGAGAGAUAAGAACUAUCCGUGGAGUCACUGAUAAAGAUGCUGUGAAACAAAGACUGACUGUGAUAGUGGAGGACAACGGGCAGCCCUCUCGUUCAGCUACAGUCAUUGUUAACGUGGCGGUGGCGGACAGCUUCCCUGAAGUGCUGUCUGAGUUCACUGACUACACACAAGACAAGGAGUACAAUGACAACCUGACCUUCUACUUAGUGUUGGCUUUGGCUGUAGUUUCCUUCCUCUUCAUCACGUGUUUAGUGGUUAUUAUAUCCGUGAAGAUCUACAGAUGGAGACAGUCUCGCGUCCUGUAUCACUCCAAUCUCCCUGUGAUUCCGUAUUAUCCACCACGUUACUCAGACACUCUGGGGACAGGGACUCUCCCACACGUGUACAACUACGAGGUGUGUAGGACGAAUGACUCCAGAAAGAGUGACUGCAAGUUCGGAACAGUCGGUAGUCAGAACGUGCUGAUAAUGGACCCCAGUUCUACAGGGACGAUGCAGCGGAUACAGAGUGAGAAGAACAUCCUGGAUGAACCAGACUCUCCUCUAGAGGUGAGUCAAAUAAUAUAGCCUCAUCUUCUUAUC